CCAACAUACAUAACCUACAUGGAAAGCUAGUAACAACACAUUCACACAAACAAAAUAAUUCAGAGAGACAAUAAAUGAGAGAUAGCCUAAUUUGAGUGUCCAGAAUUGCCAUGUACAUAGCGGUUAACAAGUAACGAAGUUAGAAAAACUUGACAACUCAAUGAACUUGUAAUCCACUGAACAUUGUUGUACAACAACCAAAAGAACAAAUAAUAUGGCAUCUAAAAACAACAUGGAUAAAGUUGUCGGCCAGACAAAUAAAUUGAUGGCAGCGGAUAAACAGGGCAAUCAGAAAAGUCGAAGAAAAAGCCAACUGCCUCCUGGGACAACCUCAGGUGUCCCUGCGAGUAAAAAUGUAGCUCCGAGUACAAGAUCCUCCGUCUCGGAGGUGCCGACCCACAGACAGAUGGUAACACUGGAGAAUUCGUAUAAAAUGAAGCCAGCUCCUGAAGAAACAUUUUCAUCUUGCAAAGUGGAAAAAAUGAUGGCUGAUGUGUUGGAAACACAUUUAAAGAAGACGGAAUACAACAAGGACACAUGCACUAAACUAACGCAAGAACUAACUUCCAUCAUCAAAACAAGAGUGAAAGAGAUGGGUUAUAAUCGUUAUAAACUUGUAUGUAGUAUCACCAUUGGAGAAGUUGGAGGCCAAAGUGCAUCCAUGGCUAGUAGGUGUGUCUGGGAUGAUACAGUAGACAAUUCGGCUUGUUCAAGCUUCAAAAAUGACUCAUUAUAUGCCGUUGCUUUAGUAUUUGCAAUGUUUUGUGAAUAACAUAUUCCAAGAUGGAAGGAGUACAGAAUGUUCAAUUAUAGAGAUGAUACCUUACAGAUACACUGUGGUAAAAUAAAAUGAGUAUUCUAAAGGAAUAUUCUACCUGCUCUGAAGUGAACUGAUCUUGCCAAUUUUGAAACAAACAGUUGUCAUUGACCUUGAAAGUUCUACUGACUUAAUGUUGAAAUGUAUGCAAAGCAAAGUCAAAAUUCUACAAACUGAAUAUAAUAAAUGUUUUUUUCUAAAUCAUAAUAUUUUUUGAUUUUUUCAAAGAAGUGAUGACAGGGAAGGUGUCUUAUAUUCUAAAAUUUUGUAUGCACUCCCACUCAGACUUUCAGGAAAAUAUCCAAGUUUGACCGAUAAUACUUAUACUGUAAGUCCAUAGUCUAUUACAAAUAGUUGAAAACUCAGCAUAUUUUG